AUGACGACCGAUGGUGUGGGUGUCUCGUUAGAGGAGGCGCUUACAGUAUUGGAACAGCUGAAACUCUCGACUGGUCGAGAAGAAGCCGGCUGUUCCAAGGAAACAGGUAGAUCGAAGCCUUUGCCAGAAGUCAAAGAAACAAGAGGUGUGGAAGAGGAACCUGAGGACAGAAAAUUCAGAAGAAGUCGCAGUUUUAGUAAUCGCAAUCGGCGGUUUGCACCUUAUCGGACACCUUUGAAGCGAGCAUCGUCUUGUGGAUCGAAGGAGUCAGAAGCUGAAAGCGAUGCAGACUCAAAUGGUAAGUAGUUUAUUUUUUUAAAUUCCUUCUUUAUCUAGUUUCCACAAAAUCGAGUAGCAGCAAAGAAGUCUUGAUUCCCAGUGCAAGAAGUGCUACCACUUGUACACAAGAAGCUCUGGGAAUUGGCAAAUGCUCUGGAUCUGGCGAAAGUCUGGACAGUUUACGACAAGACGCUGCGGUCGAAGAGCUGUCCGAAUAUUUUGCUCACUUUGUUGGAGUGCAAAGCAAGAUGUCUUCAUUAGCAGAGUCAAUGUAUGCAUAA